AUGGCGGCCUCAGCCAAAAAGAAGAAUAAGAAGGGGAAGACUAUCUCCCUAACAGACUUCCUGGCCGAAGAUGGGGGAACUGGUGGAGGAAGCACCUAUGUCUCCAAACCUGUCAGCUGGGCUGAUGAAACAGAUGACCUAGAAGGAGAUGUUUCAAUCACCUGGCACAGUAAUGAUGACGAUGUGUAUCGGGCACCUCCAAUUGACUGUUCUAUCCUGCCCACUGCUCCACCGGCUGCUCAGGAACCCAAUAUUGACCGGAGCCGUCUUCUAGGGAGUCUACCCUAUGAUGUGACAGAAGACUCCAUUAAAGAAUUCUUUAGAGGAUUAAAUAUCAGUGCAGUGCACUUACCACGUGAACCCAGCAAUCCAGAGAGAUUAAAAGGUUUUGGACAUGCUGAAUCUGAGGACCUGGAUUCCCUGCUUAGUGCCCUAAGCCUCAAUGAAGAGUCUCUAGGUAACAGGAGAAUUCGAGUGGAUGUUGCUGAUCAAGCACAGGAUAAAGACAGAAAUAAUCGUUCUUUUGGCCGAGAUAGAAAUCGAGAUUCUGACAAAACAUACACGGACUGGAGGGCCCGUCCUUCCACAGACAGCUUUGAUGACUAUCCACCUAGAAGAGGCGAUGAUAGCUUUGGAGACAAGUAUCGUGAUUGUUAUGAUUCAGACCGGUAUCGUGAUGGGUACCGUGAUGGGUAUCGUGAUGGCCCCUGGCGAGAUAUGGAUCAAUAUGGGGGCCGGGAUCGAUACGAUGACCGAGGCAGCAGAGAUUAUGCUUGGAAAUCUCUGGUGAAUCUUCACAUGGCGAUGGAUGUGGGUGACGGCGGAAAAUGCUUCCGCCAAGCAGAGCACCUGUCGGCCUUCUCUCCCCCUAGCAGGGCACCUGUCAGGCUUCUCUUCUUUGUGGAUCCAUUCGUGAGCCGUCGCUUGGUUUUAGGGAUGAAGCCUCUGCUGCUGAAGCCAUAUUUGAAGGGCCUUUCUGGCCUGGGAGUCCCCUGGACACUGUCUGGGCUGACUGCUGGAGGAAGCUGUUGCACAUAG